CUUCACACUGCCGCCAUCUUGAAACUUAGUAUUGUGCCAGUCGGGGGGGCGGUGACAUAUUUUACCCGUCAUCGUUGAUUUUGUGAACUUAUUGUAAAAAUCGCAGAAAAUAAGUGUUGUUUUGAGGUGAUAAUAGUUUAUGUCAGGACUGAACGUGAGGAUGGCGGGUCAGACUAUAAAUGAUAGGUUCUUGGCCGCGCGGCACAGUAUAGCCGGCCAGGGUUUAGCGAAAUCGGUAUGCAAAGCCACCACCGAAGAAAUGAUUGCACCCAAAAAGAAACAUUUAGAUUAUCUAGUCCAUUGCACAAACGAGCCGAACGUGUCAAUACCACAGCUUGCCAACCUCCUGGUAGAACGGACACAGAAUACAAACUGGGUGGUAGUCUACAAAGCACUCAUCACUGUUCACCAUUUAUUAGCAUAUGGAAAUGAGAGAUUCACACAAUACUUAGCGUCGAGUAAUUCAACGUUUCAACUAAGUAAUUUCUUAGAUAAAAGCGGAGUACAAGGAGCGGCCGGUGCCCGAAUUGGAUAUGAUAUGUCACCAUUCAUCCGGCGCUAUGCCAAGUACCUCAAUGAGAAGGCGCUGUCAUACAGGACGGUCGCCUUCGAUUUUUGCAAAGUGAAGAGGGGAAAGGAGGAAGGCUCUCUCCGUAUGAUGAACGUUGAGAAGCUUCUAAAGACACUGCCGGUGCUGCAGGCGCAGCUGGACGCGUUACUGGAGUUCGACUGCACGGCCAACGACCUCACCAACGGGGUCAUUAAUAUGUGCUUCAUGCUACUAUUCCGAGAUCUCAUCAGAUUGUUCGCGUGCUACAACGACGGCAUCAUCAACCUCCUAGAGAAGUUCUUCGACAUGAACAAGAAGAACUGUCGCGAGGCUCUCGACCUCUAUAAGAAAUUCCUCAUUAGGAUGGAUAGGGUCGGCGAGUUCUUAAAGGUGGCAGAGAACGUAGGUAUAGACAAAGGCGAUAUUCCAGACCUGACGAAGGCGCCCAGUAGUCUUCUGGAUGCCUUAGAAGGACAUUUGGCCACACUGGAAGGCAAGAAAGGCUCCGCGGCUAACACUCCCACGCAGACUGCUAGCGCCCAAAAGAACGUCGCCAGCGUUAUGGGCGCAUUAUCCUCCACAUCUUCAUCGUUCGGCAACGCGGCCGCUUCUACCCGCCUCGACAAUCAGCCCAACGGCGCUUCGCCGUUGUUUAUAGAUGACACGCUCAAACAGCAGGCGCUGGCUGAAGAGGAGGCCGCCAUGAACCAGUACAAGGUGCACUUAUUGCAAGGCGAAGAAUGGACGGGAGACGAAGCCGUGUCAGAAAUAAUUAAUAAGGUGCAGUCUCCCACAAACAGUGCGGCGAACAAUCCCUUCUUGUCGAGCGCGCCGCCCGUCAGCCAAUCGCAGAACAUCGUGGAUCUAUUCGGUCCCGCGCCCGCGGAACCGGCUAAUAAUGCUAGCAAAGCAUCCGAUGAUCUCCUGUCAUUGGGGAACCCAUUUGCUGAUAUGUUCGGAGCGGCGCCGGCGCCGGCGCCCACAGCGCAGCCCGCGUGGCCGCAGCCGACCAACGGCUUCGCGGCGUUCCCGCAGCAGCCCGCCAACAACACAUUCGUGUCCGACGCUAACUUCUCUAACGUUUUCAGUAACACUGACAGCACAGGUCAACAAUCGCAGCAGCAGCCCGGGAAAGUGCUCACAGGUGACCUGGACUCAUCACUCGCUCAACUUGCAAACAAUCUUACCAUCAACAAAACGGCAACGCCACAAAAACCGAUGCAGUGGAACUCGCCCAAGAACGCGUCCAAGCCCGGCGCCACCUGGACGCCGCAGCCCAUGCAGGCCACCACCGGCGCCGGGUACCGGCCAAUGGGUCCUGGCAUGACUCUCCCGCCAAUGCCUCACACUUUGCCCCAUGCAUUCCACCCUCCGCAUUAUGUUGUGCAACAGCCAGGCAUGGUAAUGGGGAUGCCCGGUGCAGGCAUGAUGCCCAUGGGCGUGGCGCCUCCUAUGAGACCCGCGGUACCGCCACAGCCUACGACAAACCAGUUCAGUUAAACUAAAACAUAAACAACACAUACAUACAUACACAGCCCUGAAAAAUCCCGACAUAUCUACAUACCUGCCUAUAAUACUAACACGUUUAGCAAUCAAGUUUAAUGCAUCUCUUAUUGUAUUGUUCACAUUUUAAAUUUUGUAAACAAUAGUAUUGCCAUAAAAAACAUUUUAAAAUUGAUUUAAGAUUUUAAUUUAAAAAUUGCUAAAUAAUAUUUCCCGUUUUGAAUCGAACUAAAAUUACAAGCAACAGAAUGUAACUGUCGCACUAAAUGUUUGAUGUAUUUGAGUCAGAAUUAUUUGUAAUCUGCAUAAAUGGCAAUAUUUAUCAAAGUUUUCAACUAAAACUUUUAUAACUUGAAGGCGAACAUUGUUAUGUAGGCAGGUAACGGUGUAUGCUUGCAACAGCGUCAGAUUAACUUUGUAAAGAGUAAAAACAGUCGGGUCAUGAAAGCAGUUUUUUCAAAGCUGAUGUUUUCAAAGGUAGGUGCUUUUUAUUCCUAUAAAAAAUCCUUAUUUUAAAUGAGUUACCUUAACUUUUGAUAAUAAGCCUACUAAACAAGCCCUUUUUUAGAACCUCUUAUAUAAUUUAUAUUUCUAUGUUAAACAAUUAUAUGUCCGUCUUAUUUAUUAUACAUUUUAACAUUUGUAAUGUUAGUCAAAAUUUGAUGCGAUUCUUAGAGUCCUUGCACUAGCUAGAGCAUCAAAAUGAUAAUCGCCAUGAUAUAUUUUUUUAAUAUAGGCUUAUAUAAGAAAACCGAUAAUCUAAAUUCGUUUUAAUUUACACAUACAUGAUUAAAUUAAUAUAUAAAAUGUAUUUAUUUCUCUGAUUCGAGUAAAGGUCCACUUAACUUUAUGAAAACAAAACAAUAAAUUGUUUAAUGUUAAAUUUUCUUAUGAAAACGGUGCGUAUUUAUUAUUGUAAAUUUUCGUUUCAAAAUUCAGUGUCGACAUCACACAUUCCAUAUUUUGUACAAAAUAAUUAUUUAUUCUUAGCUACAGGUUAUGUGAAUAUUCAUGAUGUAGACUCGGAUCAAAUGAGAAAAACAAUACACUCUUUUUUUCGGCAGUCGUGUAAAAAGUUAUAUUUGAUCUGAGGAUGUAGAAUACUGCAGUAAUGUUAUUGUAUUAGUAAUCCUACCUUUAGGGCGAGCGGCGUCAGCAUUUUGUGGUUUUGGAAUUGACGUGAAUAUCUAGUUCUAACUUAAGUUGAUUACAAUCUAGUUACUGCGAUAAUCACAUACCUAUGUAAUAGAUGUAUAAUUAAUAUUACUUAUUAUAUCUGAUAUAUACAUAUAGGAUGUGUGUAAUGUAUCUUGCAUUUAGUCAAUCGAAUUGAUGGGACUCUACCUAUAAAUGAAUUAUUUUAAAUUUUGAAAUUUCCUGGCGUCCCAUAUUCCUGUGCAAGAUCAUCUAUAUUCUGAUAGAAAAGCACUUUGUAACCCUCUAAAGUACUUUUUCAUAUUUAAACAAUAUUAUAUUUCCAUAUCCUCACUUAUUUUUAUGUAAAAAUGUAUUUGUCAUAGUUAUGAUAUUGUACGGGAGUAAUGCAUUAGAUUGUUAAUUGAAAUUAGGUGUUAUGAGAGUGUAAUGCAUGGCUUAUGUUAAUGUUAAGAGGUGCUUAGCUUCUCUACAAGUGGCUCGUGAAUGACUUUUCUUGAUACCGGCACUUUACUUGGCUAUUCGUGCUUGCUAUUUGUAAUGUUGACAUCAGUCUGUCCUUUUCAUUACUUCUAAUGUUUGAUAAAAACAGACUCUUGUCAAGUUUACAAAUAACAAAUACGAAUAUUCAAGUAAAGUGUUCGGCAUCACAUAACAGAAUCGAGACAAAGCCACCUGGUUCGAGAUAAAGUAACUAAGCGAUUAUAGAGCCAUUGCCAAAUGUUUGGGAAUCUUGUGUAUGAAAAUUAUUCUAUAUAAUCUUUACUGUUACCUAUCAGUAAUACUUUGUGCAAAUAGGUUUGCUUAUAGCCGACUUAAUAUUUAUUUCUUAAUGUGAUAUACCAUUUCAUUUUGUAAGACUGUCAUUUUCACAGUAUUCAAUGAUGUUUUAUUUAAAAAUUAUAUUGUUAUGCGAAUUUAUUUUUUAUUAUUUGCACAAAGUAUUGUACUAAUGUAGUGUUGCCAUCAUUAAAAUGUGGUUUUAUGAAUUUUAAGAUAUUAUGAUUUAUGUCUAGCGGCUCACACAGUGUUGCUGCACUAUUAUUCAAAUUUAUAGUGAUUGUAAUAUUCACUGAUCGUAAAAUAUAUUGUGUAGAUGUUUAUGUACACAUUUAGUAUGAUAAAUGCGAUUUAGUACAGUUUAAAUUCUCGCAGCUCGACUAAAUAUUUUUGUAAAUACUUAUAAACGAUUAGUGCAUAUAGCUGAUAUGUUAAAUUGAAACUGUUACUUUUUGCUUAUCAACAGACAUUAUGAGUAAUUUGACAAAAGUGCAUUGAACGAACUAAUCUAGAACUUUAAUCAUCAAUUUGAAAUUUGUAUUAACUAGCAGUUGUAAAAUCAUUCUAAAGUGACUUUUAUAUAAUGUCGAUAACAAGCACUAUAAGAAGUAUUUUGAUUACCUUUUCGUGUUCUUUGAAAAAUCAAAUUAAUGGUAUAUAAUAUCAUUUUGGAUUUAAUAAAACACUCUUGAAGAAUUUAUGAAACACCCACGUAGAUGAGCAACAUAUUGUGAUGAAAAAUCUUAAGUAACUAUUCAAUAUUAUUUACUAUAGUCAAAGUUGACGAACCUUUAAGAGUGUUUUAUUUAAAAUAGUGUGCGCAGAAGAUUAACAUACAAUUAUCAUCUUGUAACUUAUUGAGAUCUAUUGAUUUAGAAAAAAAUCCAGUUAUUUAAUUACUAGUAUUUAUUGUGCAAUAUAUUUUAAUUAUUUCCCUGGAUCAAUUGAAUGAAAUUGCUUCGGAUGUAUGUACCUAGACUUCGUUCCCAGUAACCUUUAUAGUUGGCCAUACUGUACUUUUCGAUUUACGCUGUGAUGAAUGGUCGAUUCGACUGAUUUGAUUUGAGAUAAUAGGGUAUUCUUUUAGACUACUUAAGUUCUGUUUAUUAAGUGAAAGUUUGUAGAAAUACUUCACAAUGAUUUUCUUAUAAUACCAUAGUCUGCUUUAAAAUUUUUAUGUUGUAUAUUUUAUUUGAUUUUUAUCAUUGUAAGGUAGCAAUCAAUAUUUUUAUGUAAAUACCCCCCGCUGUCUUAUUUACUAGCUCUAUCACGCCUUUAGAUAUUUGAUUUAGUUUAUUUAUGAAAGGAAUAAACCAAUUAUAAUUAUUUUCGUUAUUUUAUUUAUUUUCUUACAUGUUGAUUUUUUGCCAAAGCUUAUUCCUAGGGUCCAGUGUUGCCUGCAUGUCGCAAUGUGUGUGUGUGUGCACACAACAGCUUUACAGUUUAUACAAACCUGUCAAAAUUUCUCAAAUUAUUUUCAACCUUGUUAGUUAGGCCCAAAGUCAAAAAUCAGAAUUCGGUUACUUUGGGUCAAACUUAACGAGCUGUUGGACCUUGCACCUCAUCAGAUCAGAUGAACGAAUAUCCAGAAUGUUACUUACUUAUAUAUGAUCGUUAGUACCUAAAAUAUUUCAUUUAAGUACCUAUAUAUUGUGAAUGUCUAUUUACCUCUCUUAAUCCAAUGACAAUACUAUCACAAACUAAUUAUAUCGGCCUGUGUGUUAUAAUGACGUAUUUAUAAAACUUAAAUAUAAAAUAUAGAUGCACAUUCGAUCUGUCUAAUAAGGAAGAGUAUCUUUAUCAGAAAACACUUCCUGAGACAUCUCUAAGCUAGCAGUAUAAUAAUAUUCUUAUCACACAGUAUUAAAUAAAGUAGCACUAUUUCAUAGGUGUCUAUCAGAGAACUAUAUAUUGUAUAGCUGUUAAAAAUUAGCUGGAGAUUAGACCAUGCCUAAGGAUACACUUGGGCUCAUUGGCUUGUGUUAAGGAUUAUUCGCAAUGCUCAUAUUUAUUGGUGUUUAAAAAUUUUGCGCACUUCAUAUCUAUUCGCUGAUGGAAAUCAAGCCAUCAAAUCUUAACAUAUUCCCGAUGAGCCAAAUGCAUUACCAUUAGGUAUAUUAUAUAAUUAAUCAGAAUAAUAAUAUAUUUUUGUUAGGAGUGGUCUGUUUUCUGCCUCGUAGUGGUUUUGAGGUCUAUUUCUGUCCUUUUAGAAAUUGUUUUGGUCAGAAAACACUCCUUUAAAAGCUUUCAAAGUGUAUCUUGUUGGAUCGCAAAUAGUGGCG